AUGGCGCCUCCUCCCCUGGGUCACGGGUGGAUCCUGCGCCUGCAGCCGGGUUGGCUUCAGAAAUCCAAGGAGCGGCAGAAAUCUUUACCAACUGUUUCAAAACAGGAAGCAAUGUGGUUAAACAUUGUAAUAUUUCAGCUGAAUAGAAAACAUAUCAUCAAGACCUUUUUAUCACUUUUUUUUUUUUUUUAAGGAAUUAUUCUGGAAUAUGUACAAGAUGGUGAGACAAAGACCAGAUCUAUAGACCUACUCAAUCUUAGACCUGACACGGAUGCUGUAGCCUUAGUAGAAGAAAUCCAAAAAGGAGAACCUCUGAUCACAGCUUCGUGCAAGGAACAUGUCAUACAUUUAGUACGAAGACUGCAAGAGAAGCUAGAGGAGAAAGAGGAUCACAAGUUCCAUCUUUUUACGGUACUCAGAGCACAUAUAUUGCCACUGACUAAUGUUGCAUUUAACAAAUCUGGUUCACGUUUCAUCACUGGAAGCUAUGACAGAACCUGCAAAGUGUGGGAUACAGCAUCAGGAGAAGAGCUCCGGAUGCUGGAAGGACACAGGAACGUGGUCUAUGCAAUAGCUUUCAAUAAUCCCUAUGGUGACAAGAUUGCCACUGGAUCUUUUGAUAAAACCUGCAAACUGUGGAGUGCAGAAACAGGAAAAUGUUAUCAUACUUUCAGAGGACAUCAUGCAGAAGUAGUGUGUUUAUCAUUUAAUCCUCAGAGCACAUUGGUGGCAACUGGAAGCAUGGAUACCACCGCCAAAUUAUGGGAUAUAGAGAAAGGAGAGGAAGUAGUCACUUUAAGUAGCUCUGAGCAGAGCAAAGAGCAGUGCAAUAUGACUGGAGACAGGAUUAUCACCGGCUCCUUCGACCACACCGUUGUGGUCUGGGAUGUUGGCACGGGCAGUAUGUUCCAUACUUUAAUAGGUCACCGAGGAGAGAUUAGCAGUGCCCAGUUCAACUGGGACUGUUCUCUCAUUGUCACUGGAUCAAUGGACAAAACGUGCAUGCUGUGGAAUGCUGUGACAGGGGCACAUAUAGCAACUUUAACAGGUCACAGUGAUGAAAUACUGGAUGUCUGCUUUGAUUACGCAGGCCAGCGAGUUGCCACUGCCUCCGCCGAUGGAUCAGCAAGAGUCUAUGAUGCGGAAACAAAACAGUGCAUUGCAAAGCUGGAAGGGCAUGGAGGUGAAAUUUCAAAGGUAUGUUUCAACCCUAAAGGCAACCGUAUACUAACAGCCAGCUCUGACAAGACAGCUCGGCUCUGGGAUGCUGCUACUGGGCAUUGCCUCCAGACACUGGAGGGUCACACCGACGAGCUGUUCUCCUGCGCGUUCAGCUACAAAGGCGAUACAAUCAUCACGGGGAGCAAGGAUAACACCUGCAGA